CAAUAUUAGCAUUAGCCGAUCAAAGAGCGAGCAUGUUGUCGUGUUAACUAGUUGUGUGUGUGUGUGUGCAGUCACGCAUGAAACACCGCGUGUGUGUUUUUUAAAGUGUCCAUUAAACAGACGUGUUUACGGAACGCAGGCUCGUCUCGUCGUAUUCUCGGUUUGUAAUAUUUUGUUUUAGCUGUUCUGUGUUUUGUGUGUUUUUUUUGCAAACUCGAGCGGACCGUUGGCUAACAAAACAAGGCAUUACGGUAACGGUUCUUUUUUAAAUGUAUAUCUAUAUAUUGGCAUUACACCUGUUGUCGGUAUGCAUUUAUAAUUUGCAAAGAGUGCAAGUACAAAGUACACGGUGAAAUCAAACCGUCUGCAGUGGCAGCAUCUGCUCAUCACAGGCCCACGGGAUGGCUGCUGCGGGACCUGCAGCCGGACCGAGCACCUCCAAAACAGAUGUAGACAUCUACAGCGACCUGAACCAGAACGAUGAGGAUUUGGACAGAAUCGCUGAAGCAAAUGAACUUUUUGAUGCCGUUCUAACGGGUUCAGUUAAUCAAGACAAGAAGAUCUCUGCUAAUGUGGCUGCUUCUAAGAAGACACCAGCUAAAGAGGAGAAGAAAACAACAGAAGUGAAAACCCUGAAAGGAGGACACUCGUUUAGGAAACUGUCGUUAUAUAUUGGAAACUUUCCCUGGUGGACAUCUGACAAGGACCUGGUGGGCAUGGCCCAGACGCUGGGCGUGAGGGACAUCGCAGAGAUCAAAUUUGCUGAGAACAAAGCUAACGGCCAGUCCAGAGGCUAUGCAGAGGUGGUGGUAACGUCGGAGGAGUCGCUAAAAAUAUUGUUGGAGAAAAUACCUCGGUGUGAAGUCAACGGUGAGAGGGUGGACUGUCGCUUCGCCACUCGCCAGAACCUCAAUGUUUUUGAGGAAAUAGCAAAUAAACGUAUACCCCUACGUGUCAGCUCCAAAGAUACCAAGGAACCAGAGUCCACUGAUAAGAUUCCCUCAUUACUAUCGCAGAAGCCCAGCCCUCCCCCGAUUCCUCCACUUCUCCCCUCGCAUCCACUUGCAAACAGGUUUCCUUCAUUACCCGGCCCGUGUCUCGGGCAGCCGCCUCCGCUGUUUCCACAUUUUUCACCGACGAUCCCUCCGCCGAUGCCACCGAGUUUGUUCCCGUCUCAUCCCGGCCAAGUCCCCAGCCAGCCGUCUCCAAGCCUGCACAUCAAUCCUGCUUUCUUCACAGCACACGACGGGCACAGCAGCAAAGCUUACAGUCAGCAGAAACCCACGUCUCGAGGUGCAGACGGAGAUUUCGAGGAGCUAAUGAACAGAAAUAAAGCUAUUACCAGCAGUGCCAUCACCAAGGCCGUGUCUGGAGCAACAGCUGGAGACAUGCGGGUUGCCAUGGAGACGUUACUAACAGCCAUCGCCAUCAUUAAGCAGUCCAGGGUGUACGGAGACGAACGCUGCCAAGCCCUGGUCACCUCACUCAAAGACUGUCUGGUCUCCAUCCAGGGCAACUACGGCUACAGGACUAACAGUCGCUCUGGGGAAAAGGAACGAGACCGGGACAGGAGUCGUGACAGAGACCGAGAACGUGAGCGAGAGCGAGAGAGGGACCGCGACAGGGACCGCGAGCGAGAUCGCGACAGAGAUCGCGAGAGAGACCGUGAGAGAGAACGUGACAGAGAAGAUGCUUAUAGCUGGGAAGGUGUGGGAAUGUCCCGGCGACACAGAGAACACUCCUGGACUGACGAGAGAGACAAGGAGCGCUCGAGAGAACGAGAACGGCACAGAGAUCAUAGAGACCGGUACCGCUGACCCGGUCGGGGGAGUUACUGACCGGACAGGACCAAGUUGUAAAAAAUCUGGAGGAAUCUAAGGUGAAGCUGAAGAUAUGCAUCUCCAAACGUUUAAAGUGUACUGUUUUGGUUCUCCAGUCACAUGUUGAUCCUGGGACUUUAACUUGUUUUAGUCAAAAAAAAGUGGCUGUAGAUUUUUUUGCUGAGAUGUACAUUUGAAAGCUUGCAUGCACGGUUACACCUCCUAAUAACUUAUGUAAUAGUGUGAUGUUUUCACUUUCUUUUAUAUUAAAUCCACAGAUUAAAAAGCAUUCCCUGAAAAUAGGA